AUGCCGACGAUUUACUUUUUCCGAUGUAUGUUACUAUUGAUAGUGAUCUCAUUGGUGAAUCGUUCAAGCGCUGAGCGAGUUAAUUCCUCUGGAGGAAUGGUCUGGUCCACUGCGAGAGAUGAAGCGGAAUUGGUAGAAGAUUCCGGUGUGGUGAUCGGAGAACAGGAUCAAAUCGACGGUGGAUUUUCUUCCCUUGAUGGGAUGUUACACUGGGCGAUAGGUCACUCGGAUCCGGCGACACUUAAGGAAGCAGCUCACGAUGCAAAGAAGAUGUCUCUGGAUGAGUUACAGAAGCGUCAAUUGGAAUUAAAGGAGCUUGUGGAGAAGCUGAAAAUGCCAUCAGACGCAAAGUUGAUGCAAAUAGCCAUUGAUGAUUUGAAUAACUCGUCUUUGUCUCUUGAAGAUCGUCACCGUGCUUUGCAGGAGCUAUUGAUUCUCGUUGAACCUAUUGAUAAUGCGAAUGAUUUGAGCAAAUCAGGAGGGCUUCGUGUUGUUGCAGGAGAGCUUAAUCAUUCUGAUGUAGAUGUAAGGAAACUAGCUGCGUGGGUGCUCGGGAAAGCUAGCCAAAACAACCCUUUUGUUCAAGAGCAGGUUCUUGAACUUGGGGCUUUAACAACACUGAUAAAGAUGGUAAACUCUAGUUCUACUGAAGAAGCUGGGAAAGCACUCUUUGCUGUUUCUGCCAUGAUACGGAAUAAUGUAGCUGGUCAGGACAUGUUUUAUGCAGCACAUGGAUACAUUAUGCUUCAGGAUGUGAUGAGCAAUGAGAGCUUGGAUAUUAAACUGAGAAGGAAAGCCGUUUUCCUAGUGGGUGAUUUGGCCGAGUGUCAAUUACAAAACACAGAGAAAGCUGAACUUCCUAUAUUCAAUGAUCGCUUGUUCCUAAAGUCUGUGGUCGAUUUGAUUGUUGUGCUUGAUCUUGAUCUCCAAGAGAAGGCUCUUGAAGCAAUCAAGACUCUUCUUCAACUUAAAUCCGUAGAGCCUCUGAUUCUCAGAGAUUUCUGCGGGUUGGAAGGAUCAUUGAAGAGAAUGAAAAUGCAGCUUGAGGAAUCAAUGGCGGAUGAAAACAUGAGAGACUAUGCUGCAGAUGUGGAAAGCCUUCGUGGUGAAGUGGAACUGAUCUUCCGCCAAAAGCUUGGACAUUUAUGA